AUGAAAUUCAUGAAAACUUAAGAUGAAAAUAUUAUUAUAUUAGAUCUUUUAUAAGUAUUAAUUCGUUUAUAUAUAUAAGAAGAAGAUGAUGAAUCCGUAAUAUCAAUGUUAUGUCGUUGUAGAAUAAAUCCAAAUACUGGUUUAUAAAAAAUAUAAAGAGAAGAUUUAGAAUUUUAUAUUCCAUAAAUAUGCAAUUAUAUAGUAUUUUAAUAAGAAUUAAAGAAUUAAUAAAUGAUUGAAUUUUUAUAAACGGCAGGAAAAGUGAGCAUAUAUUUUUCACAUUUACUUUAUUUUUAUUUAAAGUCUUUAACUUAAAUAGUAAGUAAAAAAGAUUUCAUAAAUUUUCCAUUAGUCGAAUAAAUGGUUAAUAAUAUUGGAAAACAUUUUUAAGAAUUUUAUUAAAAUUUUAAAAUAGAAACUGAAUAAUAUGAUGAUUUAUAUAAAGAUUAUAUAUAAAAAUAUGGGACCGAAUAAUUUAUAAAUGAAUAAAAUAAAAAUAAUUUUAUAAAUAUGAAUCAUAUUUAAUUAAAUAAUUACGAGAAAGUUAUCUUUUUUGACGAAAACUAAUAAUAAGAUAAUAGUUUAAACAUAAAUUCUAUUUAAUUAUCAAUAAAAAAAUAAGAAAAUAAUUUAUUAUGUAAUUUAUAAUAAAAUUUUGAAGAAGAACAAGAAGAGAAUAUAUAAAAUUCAGAUUAUUUCUUUUCUACAAUUAAUUUUUUUGAAGAUUUAAUUAAACUUUCCAUUGAAAUUAAUAAAUCUAAUUAAAAAUAAACUACUUUAUAAUAAAAUAUUCAAAAAAUUAAUAAACAGUUACCAGCAAAUGUAUACAUUCCAUUUUUUUAAGAUUAUAUAAGAAAUUAUGUUAUACUUAAUAUCGUAAUUUCAGAAUGCAAAAUAUACCAUACAAAAGAUAGAGCACCUAUAUAAUUAUGUGUAGAAGUAUUUAGACCUGAUUUGGAAGAAUUAUAUACAGAAUAAUAAUAAAAAGAAAAUAUAGUCAAUAUAAAAAAUUUAAUAUAAAGUGUUGAUAUAUAAAUAUAAGAACCUUUGACAGUAAAUGUAAUUUGUUUAAAUUUUUAUUAAAAAAAAAAAAAAAAAAAAAAAUAUAAAUUUUUAAAAAAAACAUAUUUUUUUUUUUUUAACAUUCAAAGAAAUAUUUAUAAAAUUAACAAAAAGAUAAUAAAAACCAAUUAAUUAGACAUAAAAGUUUAAUUGAUAAAAAUAUAUAUUUAUAUAUUAAUAUAUAUAUUAAAAAAUUUAUAAAUAAAACAAUAUAAAGAUUCUUAUAAUUAAAAAUGCUAUUCAACUAAAAAUAUGAAAGACAAAUUAAAUGAAAACCCAAAAUUAUAAAAUCUGAAAAAAAUAUUCUUUAAAUAUAUAAGAGUCCAAAACCUCGAUAUUUCUUAUUAAAACUAAACUCAAUUUAUGAAUGAAAAUUGCAAUAAUACAAAUGAGAACAGUAAUAAUUAAAUAGAAGACAUAAAAAAACUAUAAACUUAAUUUAAAUAAUAUGCAGAUAUUUUAUUUGGGUAAGAUGUUUAAAAAUAAGAAUAAAUUAUAAAAUCAUAAUCGAUAUUUUAAAAUUUAAAAACAUAUAAACUAAUUCACUUUAUAGUAAAAACAGGAGAUAAUAUUAAACAAGAGUAAUUUGCAUCCUAAUUAAUUAAUUAAUUUGAUUAAAUUUUCAAAGAUGAGGGUCUAAAUUUAUAACUUUUACCUUAUGAAAUUAUUAGUUUAGAGCCAGAUAGUGGAAUUAUUAAAUAUGUUUAAAAUUCAGUUUCUAUUGAUAAAUUAAAAAGAUCAUUACAUGAAAACUUUAAAAAUGUAAAUAAUUUAUUUCAAUUUUUCUAGCUAUAUUAUGGAAAAAAUCUCAAGAAAGCAUAGGAAAAUUUUUGCUCUAGUUUAGCUGCAUAUAGCUUAGUUUGUUAUUUUCUAUAAAUAAAAGAUAGACAUAAUGGAAAUAUUCUACUUUUAAAAGAUGGACAUAUAACUCAUAUUGAUUUCGGAUAUUUAAUAUCUAAUGCACCAGGAAAAGGUCUUAAUUUUGAAAAUAAUGUACCUUUUAAACUUAUUAACGAAUAUAUAGAAAUAUUAGGAGGUGUAAAUUCUGAUAUGUUUAAAUUAUAUAGGAAGCUUUUUUUUAAGUUAAAAUUUAAUUAUAUUAUAUUUUAUUUUUAAAAAAGAGGGUUUAUGGCCGCAAAAAAAAAUUAAGAUAGGAUUUUGAUUCUAGCUAAAAUGUUUUAUUGCGGUUAUGGAUAAUCUCUACCUUGUUUUGAAAAAGGAGAAUAGGCAAUAGAAGAAUUAGAAGUAAGGUUUAAUCCUUAAAAUAUACAUAAUGAUGGUGAAUAUUAUAUAUAUACAUAAAACUUAAUAAAUUAAAGUCUUGAUCACUGGAGAGCUAGAUGGUAUGAUAAAUAUUAAUAUUUUUUCGAAGGAAUUUUUUAUUGA